AUGAAAUUUCGGAAUAAUUUAACUCUUUAUUUAAUAUUUAUAAUAGUAUUUACAAUUUAUAUUAGUUUAACUAUCUCUAUUCCAUUAAAAAAUGGAAAGUUUUGGCAUAUAACAGAUACACACUAUGAUUUUAUGUAUAUUGAAGGAGGUGAUGAAGAUAAACAAUGUAGAGAGGUAACAUACAAAAGUAAAUAUGAAAAAGGUGGUGCAUCAUCAAUUGGUAAUUAUAAAUGUGAUACAUCAUUUGAACUAUUACAAUCAUCAUUUGAAUAUAUGGUAAAACAUGAAGAAAAACCUGAUUUUAUAAUUUGGACUGGUGAUGAUCCACCACAUUUAGGUAAUUCACAAUUAAAUGAAACAUUAGUACUUCAAUCAAUUACAAAUAUGACAAAUUUAAUUAAAGGGUAUUUCCCAGAUAUACCAAUAUUUCCAAGUAUUGGUAAUCAUGACAGUUAUCCUCAACAUCAGAUUGGAGUUGGACCAAAUUGGUUAUUUGAAAAUGUUGCACAAUUAUGGUCACCAUUUCUAUCAAAUGAUUCAAUUGAAACUUUUAAAUUGGGUGGAUACUAUACUGAAUUGGUUAGUGAAGGAUUUAGAAUAAUAUCAUUGAAUACAGUUUUCUAUUAUAAUGAGAAUAGACAAUGUUUAAAUCUAACUGACCCAGCUGGUCAAUUAUUAUGGUUGAAUGAAACAUUGGCAAAUGCAUCUUUAGCAGGUGAAAGAGUUUGGAUCAUUGGUCAUGUACCACCUGGUUAUAAUGAGAAAUAUGAUGUUUUCAAUUUUCAUAAACAAUUCAAUGAUGAAUAUUUAUUCUCAUUCUCUCAAUAUUCCGAUAUAAUCGAAUUUCAUAUCUAUGGUCAUGAACAUACUGAUACUUUUAGAUUAUUUUAUGAUGAUCCAAAUGAUCAUAUAAAUGAUAUUGAACCAACUGGUAUUAUGUUUUUAUCACCAUCUUUAACACCAUGGAUGAAUCAAUUUUUACCAGCAUUACCAAAUAAUCCAGGAUUAAGAUUAUAUGAAUAUAAUAUUACAUCAUUUGCAUUAUUAGAUUAUUAUCAAUUUUGGACAAAUUUAACAGAUAAUAUUAUUAGUGGAAAUAUUGAUUGGCAACUUGAAUAUCGUGCAACUGAAUUCUUUAAUACUUUUAAUUUAUCACCAGUUUCAAUGUAUGAAGCUUAUUUACUAAUUCAAUCAGUUACAAGUCAAUUGUUAAAAUUUCAUUUCUAUAAUUCUGUAUCUUAUCCAACUAAAGGUUGUGAUGAAAUUUGUAAAAAAAUUCAAUUAUGUUCAAUUAGACACCCUUUCACUAAAGGUUUUAAGGAAUGUUUAGUUGAAAUUUAA